AUUACCUAAUUUUAUAUUUGGUUUUCAGACUCAACAUGCAGAUCUUCAUCAAAACUUUGACUGGUAAAACUAUCACUUUGGAAGUUGAGUCAUCAUAUCCCAUUGAAAAAGUAAAAGUCAAGAUCCAAGAAAGGGAAGGUUACCCAACAGACCAUCAACGUCUGAUCUUUUCCGAUAAGCAACUUAUAGACGGACAUACUCUUUCCGAAUAUAACAUUGAAAAAGAUUCUACUAUUCACGUCGUGUUCCGUCUCCAAGGUGGUAUGCAAAUCUUCAUAAAGAAGACCAUUACAUUGGAAGUGGAAUCAUCUGAUUCCAUUGAAAAUGUUGUGGCCAAGAUCCAAGACAAAGAAGGUAUCCCACCAGACCAACAACGUUUGAAGAGGAAUCUUGGUUUCUUAGGAUUCUUCUAGGUAUCCUUGGAUUUUCUUGGUGCAGUGUCUUCGUGGCUGAGCACACAAUAAUUUUAUGUCGAUUUAUUAUUUAUACUUUAUCCGGAAUGUGAAUCAAUUAAUGUAUUUCAAAAUUUUUAAU